GGGACGCGGGACGGCUGCGCCAUGACGGCCGAGAGCGGGCCGCCGCCGCCGCCGCCUCAGCCGGAGGCGCUGGCGGCCGUGAAGGAGGAGCGCGGUGAGGCGGAAGCCGGGGUCCCGGCGGAGGCCGCGGGUCGCGGCGCCGGCGGGCGGCGGCGGAAGCGCCCCCUGCAGCGGGGGAAGCCGCCCUACAGCUACAUCGCGCUCAUCGCCAUGGCCAUAGCGCACGCGCCGGAGCGCCGCCUCACGCUGGGCGGCAUCUACAAGUUCAUCACCGAGCGUUUCCCCUUCUACCGCGACAACCCCAAAAAGUGGCAGAACAGUAUCCGCCACAACCUCACGCUCAACGACUGCUUCCUCAAGAUCCCGCGCGAGGCCGGCCGCCCGGGCAAGGGCAACUACUGGGCGCUCGACCCCAACGCCGAGGACAUGUUCGAGAGCGGCAGCUUCCUACGCCGCCGCAAGCGCUUCAAGCGCUCUGACCUCUCCACUUACCCGGCCUACAUGCACGACGCGGCCGCCGCCGCCGCUGCCGCCGCCGCCGCCGCCGCCGCUGCCGCCAUCUUCCCGGGCGGGGUGCCCGCUGCGCGCCCGCCCUACCCGGGCGCCGUCUAUGCAGGCUAUGCCCCGCCGUCGCUCGCCGCGCCGCCCCCGGUCUACUACCCGGCUGCGUCGCCAGGCCCGUGCCGUGUCUUCGGCCUGGUGCCUGAGCGGCCGCUUAGCCCUGAACUGGGCCCAGCGCCGUCGGGGCCCGCCGGUUCCUGCGCCUUUGCCUCGGCCGGCGCCUCUGCCACGACCACCGCUUACCAGCCCGCGGGCUGCGCCGGCGCCCGACCGGCCAGCGCUUCCGCCUAUGCUGCCGCCUACGCGGGCCCCGACGGCGCGUACUCGCAAGGGGCCGGCAGCGCCCUCUUCGCAGCAGCUGGCAGGUUGGCCGGGCCCGCUUCGCCCCCCGCGGGGGGCGGCAGUGGCGGCGUCGAGACUGCAGUGGACUUCUAUGGGCGCACAUCGCCCGGCCAGUUCGGAGCGCUGGGGCCCUGCUACAAUCCUGGUGGGCAGCUCGGAGGGGCCAGUGGAGGCGCCUACCAUGCUCGCCAUGCGGCUGCCUAUCCAGGCGGAGUGGAUCGGUUUGUGUCUGCCAUGUGAGCCAAGCAUACAGUCGAAAAUUCAUAGAUACCUCGGCUGUCCUUAAUAAGUAUCCACGAAACCUGAGGACAGGACUGCAGAGAGGACCGAAUUGAACGCCGCGUGGGAGGGAUCUAGCCGGCGGGACAGGCGCAGCCUCCCGGUGCACCGUGUAAACCCUGGUUCGCUUUGAAAAUGGGAGGAGGUGGGGAGAGGCACCCGCGGCCCACGGACUGGGACAAAGGACCCUCACUGAGGCGAAGUUCCAAAGGCCUUUCUGACAUUCUACUGGGGAGGGUCCUUGGCUCUAAAGGGGGCACAACAGUAGUGUCUACACCAGAGUCUAGGGGAAUUGUGGGGAAUCACAUGACUCCACUCUUCCUUGUACUUCCCGAAACUCGUGUCUUUUUACACAGUUCGACUUCUUGUGCCUUUGACCACGUUAUUACAAUAAAAGGCUCCUAUAGUGUCUUCCUACUUAAGGUGAGGAGGACAAAUUUGUAAAAGAAGUAACUAUUUUUUUAAUGGGAAAGAUCACUGCUUCGCUUGACCAGGGGCUGCUUUUCCCUGCCUAUGAGAACUGCAGACCUGGCUCUGAGUCUGGAACACUGAGACCCAGUUCCAUCACUCACACCCCCAGUUUUCCCAUCUGUUAUACAAGAGGGUGCAGAAUUCAGCCGUCCCCCAUAUGAUGU